AAACGAUACGUCCAAAGUCUCCUCUCUCCCUCCCUCUCUCUCUCUCUCUCUCUCUCUCUCUCUCUCUUCCCAUAUAAACUCCAAAUUUCUUCCGUUUUAUCUACACCCAUCUCUCUCUCCUUCCCUCUUUCCCUUUUCUUUUCAUAUAUAUAUAUAUAUAUAAACGGCAGGGCCCUUCUGCUCGAUCAUCUUGUUUCAAUAUGUCUUUCAACAAGCCCAGAUUUUCAAGGUCAUCAGUAGCAGUAGCUGAUGCUGCUUCGUGUUACUGUGCUGUUAUUCUGGUGGCUUUAAUCCUCUUGGGCUCUGUCAGAGAGUAUUCUUCUCUCCCCACAGACGAGUCGGUGAAGGGGAACCAACUUCGGGCGCGGCCAUGUGAUGAAAUCUAUGUUGUUGGAGAAGGAGAAACCCUCCACACCAUCAGCGACAAGUGUGGAGACCCGUAUAUAGUCGAGCAGAAUCCACAUAUCCAUGACCCAGAUGAUGUCUUUCCUGGACUUGUCAUCAAAAUCACUCCUUCAAAGCAGAGGAAGCUGCUGAGGUAGUUUAUACCUUUUGAUUACAAGGUUGUAUUAUAAGGGGAAUCGAUUCUCAUAGGAAGCUAGAACCCUUCUUUUUUCUAUACUUUUUCUUUUUCUUUUUCUUUUUCUUUUGGUUGAUGUAAAGGACCCAGUCACAUGAUGGUGCCUGAAAUAAGUUCAUGGGCCGCUGCUGUUUCCCUUCUUUGUUUUAUAUAUAUAUAUAUAUCUAUAUAUAUAUAGAAAAAGAAAAAAAGUCCUUUCAAUAUGAGUUUGUAGGAUAUGAAAAUGAUGGAUUCUCUCUACUUGUGUCUGUCAUUGGGUAUGCGAAGAAGAUGAACAUGAGGUCUUUUCAAUAUGGGAUUCUUCUUGACAAGGAAGAGAGCUUCAGGGGAUUGGUAGUUUACAGUGACUCUGAGACUUAUCUUGGAUUCUAUAUUUCCAUUUCGAACCUCCAUUUUUUCUUCUUUGCAUGAAGGAAAUGGAUUUUGUUUCGGAAAUCCUAAGGAAGGAGGGAAGGAUAAAUUUAAUGGAUAAACAAUACUUCCAUCA